AUGUAUUUCACAAGCUUCGUCUCAACUGUGCUCGCAGCAGCUUCGGUUGUCUCGGCGUCUCCACAUAGCAUCAAGAAGCGUUAUAGCGGUUCUGACAAAGUUGUUGCGUACUGGGGCAACACGGGAUAUUCAAGCGGAAACAUCGACAUCUCAACCAUCUGCAGCAACAAGAAUGUCGACAUCGUUAUCCUUUCCUUCCUGACGGAGUUCCCUGAUCAAACAACCAACGGCGUACCUGUGUUGAACUUCGGCAAUGCAUGUGGCGACACAUACUCCAACGGUCUGCUCAAGUGUCCUGGCAUCGCCGCUGGUAUCACGCAAUGUCAGCUUGCUGGAAAGGAAGUCAUGCUCUCGCUCGGCGGCGCAUACCCAGCCAACCAAGCCUUCGCCUCAGCAGAGUCGGCCAUUGCCUUUGCUGACUGGCUCUGGGACAACUUCGGGUCUGACACAUCGCUGAGCACUACGCGUCCUUUCUUGACCUCUGUCAUUGACGGUAUUGAUCUCGACAUUGAGUCGAACGUUGCCGAUGACCAGAAGCAAGCGUACUUCCCGGACUUCAUCACUGAGCUUCGCGCCAAGUCUGGCAACACCUGGAAGAUCUCAGCCGCACCGCAGUGUGUUAUCCCUGACGCUCACUUUUCAGACUAUAUCCAGAGCAGCUGGUUCGAUUACAUCUUCGUCCAGCUCUACAACACAGACGGCUGCUCUGCUAGCGAUCUCGUGAACACUCCGUCUGCAUCCACCAACACCUUCGCAAAAUGGAUUAGUGGCGCCCUGUCACCGUUGAGCGGCUACGAGAACCCAGACACAUUGGUCUUCGCCGGUUUGCCCGCUAGCACGAUUGCUUCCACCGGUACUGACUCUGGCUCCCGAUUCUACUUGACUCCAAGUCAGGUUAAGGAGCUCGUCUAUCAGUUCGCCUCCUCAAGCAGCUUCGGCGGUAUCUCAUUGUGGGACGCCACCUACGACUACUACAACACCAUCUGUGACCAGCCAUACUCUUACUGGGUCAAGACUGCUAUGCAGCAGGUCGCGGCUGGAAACUUGGCGCCUUUCCCGAGUGCUUGUUCAGUUUCGUCAGCCAGCAGCAGCAGCAGCGUUGCCAGUGCAACCUCCAGCUCUACCACUUGGAGUUCCUCAUCUGUUGUUGCAACGACGACCUCCUCCGCCGUCGUUCCUCCAAGCUCUUCGUCUAGCGCUGGUCCCGUGAUUGUUUCCAGUAGCAGCAGCAGCAGCAGUUCUUCUCCUGCUGGCCCAGCAAUCACUUCCAGCAGUUCUUCCUUCUCGAGCUACUUCCCAACGGUCGGCCCAUAUACCAACUCCAGCUCCAGUGUGCCGAUCACCAGGACUGGUGGCCCACGCCCAACCUCGUCCAGCGGCAGUGGAUCCGGCCCAGUCCAGAGCAGCCAUGGAAGCGCACUCCCCAGCAGCUCGGUUGGCGGCCAAGGCGGCCAUGGGAACUCGGGUAGCUCUUCCAGCGCUGGAUAUGGCAACGGUGGAUACGGCAACGGUGGCUAUGGUGGUGGAGAUGUCUCUAGCACCAGCGGUGCUCAUGGUGGCCACAGCGGUCACGGCAAGCCAACUGCCACCAAGACCUCGACUUCUACUUACGUCGAUGUUUGCUCGACUGGCCUGACCACCAAGACGCACACGUGGACCAAGACAUGCUACGAGGGCGAGGAUGAGUGGUCAACCACGACUGAGGUCCCAGAAGGCUGGACCACGACCGUGACCGUGUGCACCGUGUGCGGUGCUAAGCCAACGACCCUCACUCUCACGACGCCAGCAUCCACCCCGGCCUGGGCGCCUGCUCAACCAACUGGUGCCGGCUCCUGGCCACAAGGUGGCGCGAAGGUCACAUCUACUAUGGUGGUCGUUGUCACCCCUGUGCCAGCUUCAGAGUACUGGGCCUCCGUUAACGAGGCCAAGUCGACCGCCGCAGCGGCCGCCGCUGGCAGUUCCGGCUCAUGGCCAGCUAGCAACGGCGGUUCCGGCUCUGGAUCGUCGCCAGUGAGCAACAGUGGUUCCGGAUCCGGAUCGUGGCCAGCCAGCUACGGCGGGUCGUCCGCCAUCGCCAAGCCAGUUGCAGGAUCACCAUCCAACGCGGCUUCCUGGCCCCUGGGCACCGGCAGUGUCACGGGCGGCAGUUACGCCGCUCAGUUCACUGGCGCCGCUAGCAGGAUGAAUGUGGGUGCAGGCUUGUUCGCUGGUCUUGCCAUUGCUGCUCUUGCGUUGUAG